GCCCCUUGUGCAACUUCGGCGGCCUACGUUUGGAGGAAACCCUACUUGGGUGGCUUAGCGCGGUGGGGGCCCUAGAGAGCGGUUCCGCCCAACAAAAUCUUCGCCUCCGGCCUGGUGGUCAGCUCCGCCUCUUCUCGUAUAUUUCCCACAGCCCAAAAUGGCGGCGGAGGUGGAUUUUGGCGAUUUAGAGCUGUUCGAGGCGUUUGACCACCCAGAGGACUCGACUCCGAAGCCCGUUCACACCCGCUUCAAGGACGACGACGGCGACGAGGAGGACGAGAAUGGGAUUGGCGACGCGGAGCUGCGGGAACGGCUUCGGCUGUGCGAGGAAACCAUCGAGCAGCUCCGCGCCGAGAAUCAAGAACUUAAAAGAAAAUUGAAUAUUUUGACUCGACCAAGUGGAAUAUUGGUGAACAAUACUAAGUUAGAUGGACCUUUAUUACAGAUUCUAUUUAUGAACAAUGUUAUUUCAAAGCAAUAUCAUCAAGAAAUAGAGGAAUUUGUAUCAAAUUUAGUAAAAAGAUUUGAGGAACAGCAGAAAAAUGAUGUGGAAAAGACUUCCUUUAAUCUUUUGCCCCAGCCAUCCAGUGUUAUGCUAGAAGAGGACCAUAAAGUAGAAGAAUCCAGUGCCGUUAAUAAUAAGGAAGCUUUUAGUGUUGUAGGAAGUGUCCUGUAUUUUACUAAUUUUUGCCUUGAUAAAUUGGGGCAACCGCUACUAAAUGAAAACCCUCAGCUUACGGAAGGAUGGGAAAUACCCAAGUACCAGCAAGUCUUCAGCCACAUUGUUUCUCUAGAAGGGCAAGAAAUACAAGUAAAGGCAAAAAGGCCAAAGCCUCACUGUUUCAAUUGUGGUUCUGAAGAGCAUCAAAUGAAAGAUUGCCCAAUGCCUCGAAAUGCUGCUCGAAUAAGCGAAAAGAGAAAAGAGUAUAUGGAUGCCUGUGGUGAGACAAACAAUCAGAAUUUUCAGCAGCGAUAUCAUGCAGAAGAAGUAGAAGAGAGAUUUGGAAGAUUUAAGCCAGGAGUUAUUAGUGAGGAACUCCAGGAUGCACUGGGUGUGACGGACAAGAGUCUUCCACCUUUUAUAUAUCGAAUGCGCCAGCUAGGAUACCCACCAGGGUGGCUCAAAGAGGCCGAACUGGAGAACUCAGGGCUUGCGCUCUAUGAUGGGAAAGAUGGUGCUGAUGGAGAGACAGAAGCUGGAGAAGUACAGCAAAAUAAAAGUGUCACUUACGAUCUCUCGAAAUUGGUAAACUAUCCAGGUUUUAAUAUAUCUACUCCCAGAGGAAUUCCAGAUGAAUGGAGGAUAUUUGGGUCAAUACCAAUGCAGGCGUGUCAGCAGAAGGAUGUGUUUGCCAAUUACCUAACUUCUAACUUCCAAGCGCCAAGCAUGAAGUCUAGCAGCAAAAGGUCUUCGUCUCAGUCCAGCCCCAGUAGUCCAAAGAAGCAGAAGAAGGAAAACAGCGCAGCAGCCUCACCCGCCGACAUGGAACUGGACUCAGAUGCCGAGGUCCCGCAUGGGUCCCCAAGCAGCGAAGCUUUUCAGUUUCAGCCCCCGCUGCCCCCUGGCACGCCUCCCCCACUCCCCCGGGGCACCCCUCCACCCAUCUUCACUCCUCCGCUCCCCAAGGGCACCCCGCCGCUGACUCCCAGUGACUCACCCCAGACGAGAACAGCAUCCGUGACUAUGGACGAGGACUCGCUGACUCUGGAGGAACUAGAAGAACAGCAGAGGCAGAUAUGGGCGGCCCUGGAGCAGGCCGAGAGCGUCAAUAGUGAUUCGGAUAUUCCUGUAGACACACCUUUAACCGGGAAUUCGGUGGCCUCUUCACCUUGUCCAAACGAACCUGACCUCCCUGUCCCAGAGGGAAAAACACCCGAAAAGCAGGUGCCAGGGGAGGCUGAGGUACCAGACACUGCUGCACAGAAAUCGGAAGAGGAACAAGCCUCGAGCCCAGAUUCUGAGACUGCUUUGCUUGGCCAGAAGGAAAAGGAAGAGUCCACUCAGGUAGACCCAAAUGGUGCUUUUGACCACGGCAGGGUUGAGUCAAGCAGUGAGGUCAGGAAUGGAGGGAGCAGCCAGCAGCUCCUUCAUGAGGACUGCAGUCCUGCAGCAGCCAUGAAGGCCCACAGUGCUAUCCCCGACAUGAGCAAGUUUGCAACUGGAAUAACGCCGUUUGAAUUCGAGAACAUGGCGGAAUCUACUGGAAUGUACCUCAGGAUAAGAAACUUGUUAAAGAAUUCACCCCGAAACCAGCAAAAAAACAAGAAGACUUCUGAAUGACUGCUUGACAUAGCACCCAGUGCUAUUUAAUUAUAACCCUGUGUUCUGGUAAUUUGGACUAAGUGGACAGGUAAAAUUGUUUUCCUAUUUGUUCCUCCCAUGUGAAAGAAAAAAAAAAUCUAUCCAAGGCUUAAUUGUUGUCUAAGGUCAGGCCUCUUUUAAAGAACGGAAAGACUGAGCUUUCUGGUUUACUAUAUUUUAUUCUCACUGAUAAAAACUUGGGGGGAGGUAAGUAGGAGCCAGUUUAGAGAUAGUUUGUUAAGGUUUAUACUAUUUUUGGAUUGUGAAUGUCCGUCAGGAGUGAUGGUUUUUAAUCUGUCUUUUGUACAUCGUUUUCCCUUUCUACAUUUUGCUAAUUAUCCUGUAUGUAAGUUUAAUAUAUCACUUUUUAAAAAAAAAAUUCUAACCAUUUAAAAUUCAUAUUUCAACUCUUAACAACCAAAUGAGAAAAAUCAGGGAUGAGCAGCUUUAUACCAUUUGGGGUAUUUUUGUAAAUGAUUUACAUUCAUCCGUUUUAAUAACACUUUUACUUUUUUGUAACUUCAUUCUUCAUAUAAGCUUGCUAUACAGGUAUGUUCAUCUUUGUGUACAAAGGUUUAAUAAAUUAGUUUUCAUAUACAUAAUCUAAGACUUUAAAUAUAAAAAAAAUGAUUCACAGUUAAAUUAGUAUAUACAGCCUUGUACGUUUGGUAGUUAAUUAUGUGGUUGCAAAAAUUAGUGGUAGCAAAGGAAAUUAAGAUGUUACAAGUUUGGGUAUUUUCAGUGGGUUUCAGCCUUAAAUAUAUCAAUAGAAACAGCAGAAUCUUUUAAAGUAAUUAUUUUGAAAAAAUAAAUGGUGGGCAGCUAGCCUUUGUAUAAAAAUAAUUUUCUAGAUUUGAAUCCUAUGAUAAUUGUUACAAACAAAAAGUAGGCAUAAACAAAUUGUGUUUAAUUGUCUGAUACAUAAUAUAGAGCUGAAACUAUGUUUUUGUCUUUAUGUGGAAUGCCAUGACAUCUUUACAGUCAAGUCCAUGAAAAUAAACGUUUAGAUGAUCUGAAUUAGUCUUAGGUAGUGUUAUUCUCCUCCGAGGCCAGCAGAGGGUGCAGAAUACAACCCUUCCAGGUUUAGCUUUCACUUUGGUAACUUGGGUGUCCAAAUUUAGUGUUCUAUAAAACAGUAAAGAGAAGGGAAAUUAUAUGAAAAAGGAAAAAUUAUUUUCAAGGCCCUCAUAGAACAUGCUAGAAAUUGAAUAAAAUGUUUAAUCCUUUUGGCUUUUUUCUCUGAGUCAAAGUCCAUAAUAAAACUGAUCUUUUACCAUAGUUUACAUAGUGUUUUUAGAUACAUUAUCAUACUCAACAUUUCUGUUAGGUAAAUGUCUUCUUCACAUUAUGUAUAUAACCUGAGGAAACUUCAGCAGCAUGGAGAAGUCAAGGGGGCUUGUCUGCAUUCAAGAAGUUGUUGGGAUUUCCCUGGCGGUCCAGUGGUUAGCUUCCACUUCAGGGACCACAAGUUCGAACCCUGGUUGGGGAACUAAGAUCUCACAUGCCACAAGGCACAGCCAAAAAAAAAAGAAGUGGUUGUUGAGAGGCCAGUCCAACUAAAGACUUGACCAUUCCCUAAAUCACACACACAGUUGUUUAAAUACCCCUUAAACAUUGCAUUGCAGGCUCCUAUGACCAGAGAUAGCUAACAGUUAUCUCUCUAGCAUGUCCCACAAACAAUUCGUGUUGAGGUUCUUUAUGCAUUACUAUCCCAUUGUCACAAUCACCGUAUUAAGUAGGGAUUGUUAACUUCAUUUUUAGAGGAAAUGCUUGAGACACAGCAGGUGACUAAUGUGUGAACCUAAAUCUUGAUCACUCAGACCCCCAAUAUCCAUAUCCAUUGUACUGCCUCUCUCUAGAGUCAAAAGCUCUAGAAAAGCACUAAUUUCUCAAUUGAUUGCUGUUUCUCGAUUUAUUCAGUUAUGUAUUGAGGGCACACUUGUGUUGAGUUGUUCUAUGUGCUUUGGGUCAUUAAAAGAGGAAAACUGUAAAAUAGAAUGUGUUUUAAGAAGAGCUUGGAUACUAGUAAGAGAAAAUGGAUGGUUUCCUCUUAGGAGAUUCAUCACAUGGCCAUGUGAAGUGGGCAAGGUACCUCAGCUAUUUUGGGGUGGUAGGAGAGGCAGCUAGGGAAGACUGCCUUUAAAUUCACAGAGCCAGGAGUUUCAAUAUUCAUUUGGAGGGCAUUUGAAAACUUCUGGAAAAAAGAACCUUUGAGCUAAUCCUUAGAAAAGGUAGGUAGAAAAAAAAAAAAGGUAGGUAGAACUACAGGUUUCCAUAGACAGAAUGAGCAUUGGAAUAUACAAGAAAUGGCAUGAGGGAAACCAAGCAGGAACUCUCAAGAAAUGUAGGAUGGUAGGGGCGGGGGGGGGACUUAAAAGCAUUAUUCAUUGAUGCUGAGGACUCUUGAUUGCUUUACUAUAGGGUUGGAAUUUUAUUAAGACAAAGGAUCUGCUGAAGGUCUUGCAAUGUGACCUGACCUCAUCCAAGUGGUAUUUGAGGAAGAGAAUCCUAAAGCAGAAUUCAGAAUAAUUUGAGAGGAGACAUUUUAUGGAAGGGAACUCAAAAAGCAGGAAGUAGUUGCCUUAAGAAGGUGCCCCAUUUUUCAAAUGUAUUCUGUCCCAUGGAGUAUUAGGAAGAGAGUGUUGGGUGGAGGAGCGAGUUAUUGUUUGGACUUGGCCAUGCUGUGACAAGUCUCCAGGUGUGGGGAGGUGAGGUCAUAACCAAACACUUGUACUUCAGGAUGAACUUGGAGCCAGGGUGGGGACCCGUAUCUAAUCUUUGCCUUUCGGUGAAAAGGAAUGUGAAUUGUCUCACAGGCCGCUAAAACAAGGCCAGCUGUUUGUCAUCUCCUUGAGCAGCUAAGAAGGCACUUUCCUUUCUAAAAAUACCAAAGGACUGAUUUCUUUUUUCAGAGGUUGCAUGUCCUUACGUGGGCAAAAGUAUAGUCUACUUUGUGCCAACGAGAAGCUUCCUCCUGGCUGGUUCUGUUCUUCAGCUUCUCUGCUGGAGUCGUUUUGCCCUUCUAUCUCAUACUUGGUAGAUUAUCAUUAGCACAUAAGACCAACAAGGGUGUUGUAACAAUUGUGAAUUUAUAAGGUAG